GAUGGCUUUGCCCGUAAUAAACCCAUUCAACACCCAAACGCCACCGAGAGUCGCCGGCGGCGGCCGCAUCCGGCCAUCCACCGCCGAUCGCCGCCGCCCUUCUCUCCCGUUCCUUCUUCCUCUCCGCUCUCUCGAUGGCUGGUCCUCCUCCGCACCAGCCGUCCUCCUCCGGAGAUGUCGAGGUCGCCGUAGAGAGCGGCUCCGGGGCCUCGUCCUCAAGGAACAAACUGCUGAGUAUGGUGAAAAAACAUUCAGAUUUGAUCGGCUGGACAGUUAUUGAUGCUGAAGCUGAUGCAUCAGACGUGGAAAUGGAUGAUAAAUUCUGGCAUGAAAUACUUGAUCUUUUCUUCGUGCAUGGUAGGGUUUCAAAGGGGAGGGAAGAGGAUGACCUUGUCUUCUUUGUUAAUAAUAUGAAAUUGAACGGGUACAGGUCCAGUGAUAACAUGGAAAAUCCACCUCCCUUUUUUGUGCGAAGAUGGGCUCCUAAGCUUGAAAAGAUCACCAAUAUAAAUUUAGCUGAUGUCAAUUGGGAACGUUCAUUCUAUUUGAAUUUAAUUGCUCACACGUCAUACUCUGUUACAGUUGCAAUAUGCAGUAUCAUGGAUCUUUGCAACCGUGCAGAGAAAAGCAAACCAUUAUCACCAGUUUAUAAGGUCACAAAAACUGUGUAUGCAUCCCCGAGCCGCGUAAAUUUUCAUCUUGAUCGAAGGAAGGCAGUAGAAACGGUACCUGCAUACCCCAAUAUUUGUUUCUCAAUUGAUGACUUCGAUGAUACCUUUGAUGCAGUUCAGGUUUUAUCAGACCCUGAACAUUGCUACUGUGUUAUUCUCAAUGCACAUGAUGGGGCAGCAUUUCCUGAAAACACUGAAUCGAAAAAUCCUAGCUCAAAUGUGCUAUCUGGGGUAAACACUGGGAGCAAACAAGAAAAACCACCAAAGAGAACUCUCUUUUCAGGCUACGUCAGCUACCAAAACGUUCGAGAAGCUUAUGAUGCUGGCAGAUCAAAAUUUGAGAGCUUAUUCUCACUCGGGCAUGACCGCACUAAACUUGAUAAACUUUAUAUGAGGGGCCCUGAAGGACGUGGAGAAGUUGAAGUAGCUGUUUCUGGAAUAGCAGAUCAGAGCCAUGAGAGAUCAAAGAAAGAUCCAGGAAAUAGCUUUCGGGCCCUUGUCCAUAGUGCAGCAUCUACUGCAUCAAAACUAGCAAAGCAUGCCUACGAGGCUGCAUCUACCAACAAACGCUUUGAUGAUGAGCUUCUGCCUCUAAAAUGUUGCUUGAUGUCAGUAUCUCUUCCUUGGGACUACAUUGCACAUGACCUGCUGCACAAGGAAACACCUCCGUUGGACCUAUGAUCCGCAACAGUUUCAAACCAAUACGAAUUUUGGGAAGAACAGCAUGGUUGAGAAGUGGUACUCAUCUACUGGGACAUCUCAUGGUCAACAAUGAGAAUUUGUUUCAGGAUCCUUACUGGGCUAGCCAUUGGGGCGAGUUGAAAGGAAGAGGAUUGCUUGUGUUAUGAAUGUUGAGACUGCGAUUCCAGUUAUGCAACACAAGGAAUGAUCUUACGUACAUGAUUUUGGAAAAGUUUGUGGUUAGCAAGUCUUGUGUGCUCGAUAUUGUGUAAGAUAUGUGAUGUACAUGUGUACUUUAAAUAGACUUUGUAUAGUUUUUAUGCGCCGUUGUACAAUGUUGAAAGAAGACGUGCAAAGAAAGCAUAUUUUAACUUUUUUAUCACGAGGAUA